AUGUGAUCAGCUCUAACCAAUCACAGCUGAUCACAUGUAAACAGGGAAAUGGGACAUGUACACUGAUCAUCAAGGCACUGAUGAUCAGUGUGCCCUGAUGAUCAGUGUAGCCCCAGCAGUGCCACCUGUCAGUGUCCAUCAGUGCCUUAUGUCAGUGCUGAUCAGUGCCUCGUGCCAGUGCUCAUCAGUGCCACAUCAAUGCCUAUCAGUGCACAUCAAUGCCACAUAUCAGUGCACACCAGUGCACAUCAAUGCCACAUAUCAGUGCCCAUCUGAGCUGCCUUUCAGUGUCACUCAUCAGUGCCAGUCAGUGCCACCUAUUAAUGCCAAUCAGUGCCACCUAUCAGUGUGCCAAUCAGUGCCACCUAUCAGUGCCAGUCAGUGCCACCUAUCAGUGCCAGCCAGUGCUGCCUACCAGUGCCGCCUAUCAGUGCCUGUCAGUGCCGCCUAACAGUG